CCGGGCUGGGACGGGCGGAGCGUCCUGAGGCUCCCGAGGCUCCCGGCGCCCCCGCACCAGGUCCCGCCGCCCGCAGACCGGCUCCCCGCCGCCACCGGGCCAGGCACCGGCACCGGCACCAUGUCGGUGGCGGGGCUGAAGAAGCAGUUCUACAAAGCGACCCAGCUGGUCAGCGAGAAGGUCGGAGGGGCCGAAGGGACCAAGUUAGAUGAUGACUUCAAGGAGAUGGAAAAGAAAGUGGACGUGACCAGCAAGGCUGUCACAGAAGUACUGACCAGAACCAUAGAGUACCUCCAGCCCAACCCAGCUUCCAGAGCCAAGCUCACCAUGCUCAACACGAUGUCCAAGAUCCGCGGGCAGGUGAAGAACCCCGGCUACCCCCAGUCCGAGGGGCUGCUGGGGGAGUGCAUGAUCCGCUAUGGCAAGGAGCUGGGAGAGGAUUCCAACUUUGGGGACGCGCUCCUCGACGCCGGCGAGUCCAUGAAGCGCCUGGCGGAGGUGAAGGACUCGCUGGACAUUGAGGUCAAACAAAACUUCAUUGAUCCCCUGCAGAACCUGUGUGACAAGGACCUGAAAGAGAUCCAGCACCACCUCAAGAAGCUGGAGGGGAGGCGCCUGGACUUCGACUACAAGAAGAAGCGGCAGGGCAAGAUCCCGGACGAGGAGCUGCGUCAGGCCAUGGAGAAGUUUGAGGAGUCCAAGGAAGUGGCAGAGACCAGCAUGCACAACCUCCUGGAGACAGAUAUUGAGCAGGUGAGCCAGCUGUCAGCCCUGGUGGAUGCCCAGCUGGAUUACCACAGGCAGGCCGUGCAGAUCCUGGACGAGCUGGCCGAGAAGCUCAAGCGCAGGAUGAGGGAGGCCUCCUCACGUCCCAAGCGGGAAUACAAACCCAAGCCCAGGGAGACAUACGACUUCAGGGAGCCUGACCAGUCCAACGGGGGCUUCUCCUGCAACCCCACCCCCAAAGUCUCAGCAGCUUCCACCUCUUUCCGGUCGGACAAGCCGUCCCGGGCCUCCGUCAGGAGUAUCCCCCCCCUGGACCAGCCCUGCUGCAAAGCCCUCUACGACUUCGAGCCCGAGAACGACGGCGAGCUGGGCUUCAAGGAGGGCGACAUCAUCACCCUGACGAACCAGAUCGACGAGAACUGGUACGAGGGGAUGAUCCACGGCCAGUCCGGCUUCUUCCCGCUCAACUACGUGGAAGUGCUGGUCCCGCUACCUCAGUGAAACGGCGCCGCUCCGCCCCGAGUGCCCCGAGCUCCAUUCCAGCUCCAGCCCCGCCCUCCCCGCCUCCCCUCGGGGCCAGGCGCUACCAGGGAACAAACCAGAAGGGUCCCACGGCCCCUUCCCCCCGUGAAUUUGGUUCUUUUCUUUUUUUUUUUCUUUUUUUUUUUUUUUUUUUUUUUGUCCUUCUGGUGCUUGAACUUCGGUACUUUGUGCGCCCCCAGCCCUGGCCGUGCCACUGGCACUGCCCUGUCCCUGUCCUUGUCCUUGUCCUUGUCCCUGUCCCUCCCCACUUCCCGUCUUUCCUUUGGGUCCAGCACCCGGUUGAGGCAGGUGGGAGAGCCAGGAUGUGUCCUGGGCACAGGGGUGACCCUGGUGGCACAGCCAGGAUGUGUCCUGGGCACAGGGGUGACCCCGGUGGCACAGCCAGGAUGUGUCCUGGGCACAGGGGUGACCCCGGUGGCACAGCCAGGAUGUGUCCCGGGCACAGGGGUGACCCCGGUGGCACAGCCAGGAUGUGUCCUGGGCACAGGGGUGACCCCGGUGGCACAGCCAGGAUGUGUCCUGGGCACAGGGGUGAGCCUGGUGGCACAGCCAGGAUGUGUCCUGGGCACAGGGGUGAGCCUGGUGGCACAGCCAGGAUGUGUCCUGGGCACAGGUGGCACAGCCAGGAUGUGUCCUGGGCACAGGGGUGAGCCUGGUGGCACAGCCAGGAUGUGUCCCGGGCACAGGGGUGAGCCUGGUGGCACAGCCAGGAUGUGUCCUGGGCACAGGGGUGACCCUGGUGGCACAGCCAGGAUGUGUCCUGGGCACAGGUGGCACAGCCAGGAUGUGUCCUGGCACACGGAUGGCCCCGGGGCAGGGCAGCCCCAGCCCCACCCUCCCGCCCCUGCCAACACUGCCCCUGUCCCCGCUGUCCCCAUGGAUCCCAGAGGGAUCUCAGAGGGAUCAGGGGAGGGGAGCUGGGACACAGCAACACUAAGACACCCAGAGAACACUAAGGCAGCCCUGCAGGGCAGGAGCUGAGCCAUGCCUGGGGCUCGGAGCCAUCCCUGCCCAUCCUGGAGGGACAGCAGGGAUGUCCCCUGCCCAUCCUGGAGGGACAGCAGGGAUGUCCCCUCCCCAUCCUGGAGGGACAGCAGGGAUGUCCCCUGCCCGCCUGGCCCCUCCCCACAGAGCUCAACCCCGGGAUGGGGGCUGCUCCUUCUGCCCGUGGUUUUUUCCUGGGCCUCAGGCUCUUCCUGCUACAAACUCUCCCAAGCUGGUCACACCUGGAGGAUCAUCUGGAAGGGGAGGAACUGGGCCACAGCCCAGGCUGUCUCUGUGGUGGGGCAGAGGUCGUGGCUCCUCUGCCCAGGGCUCUGCCCGUUCCCCUUUCCCGGGAUUCCUCCCGUGGCUGGAGCUCACCUGGCCCUCAGGUGCCUUCCCUGCACCCCCACCCUGCCACAGCCACCCUCCCUGGGGGCCAGGCACCCCUCUGCCCCUGCAUUGCUGGGAGAAGGGAUGGUUCAUCUCGGUGGCACCUCUGCCAGCCCUUCUCCCUCAGCUGUGCUUUUCCUGGCUGGGAGGUGGGCAGGGGGUUGGCACGGGGCUGCACAAGUGGGUCCUUCCCCUCGUGGGGCUGGGCUGGGCCCUGCUGUGUGGCACAGCUGUGCAGGGCUGUGCUCAGCUCCCUGUCCCUGCAGGGUCCCUGUCCCUGCUGCUCCCGUUCUCUGUAAGGAUUUGGUCCGUGCAUGUCCACGUGUGUCUGACCCCCAGGCAGUGACCCCGGCCCCGGGGGGGCACAGGGCAGCCCCCCCUGCUCCCAGCAGGGCAGGGAGCCCAGGGGACCAGAGUCCUGGGGGCCCUUCCCGCUGUCCCCUCCCCGGUGGGGGACACUGGCUCCCGCUCAGGUGGAUUGAAAUGCGUUCUGUCAGCUGGGACACCUCGCUAGAUCUUUUUUUUUUUUGGUUUUCGUUUGGUUUUUUUGUUUUUUGUUUUUUUUUUUUUUUAAUGGUUUCUCCUGGUUUUUAGGGGAAAAAAAUGAUGACCCACAAUUCUUGACUUGUAUCUCUGAAUGAAAGUAUUAAAUGUUUUCUUCUUUCUAA